CCGAGCUUGGUCAGUCUUAUACAUCUCAAGAAUCCUCUGAAUAUAUUGGCUACGCGUUCUCACCUUGUGUUUUGAAACCUGCGCAGCCUUAGAUUCAAAUACUGCACCUCGACUAUUAAUUACCAACCCCUCUUGUCCUGACUUCACCCAAUUUGACAAGGACAACUUCACGCUAAGAAUAGCGCAAUUCAUCGUCAAUGUCAAUAUGCUUGACAGACUACCCCCUGAGGUUCUUCUCAUAGCACUGGAAUACAUAACCCGCCAUGAUCUCAACAACAUAUGCCGUGUUUCCAAGCACCUCUACGCUAUUGCAGUUCCACUUCUGUACAAGUCUGUAACUUUAACUUCCAAUAGAUCUGGAAUCAGCGAGACAUGGAACCAUGUUGACUCUCUACUCCGAGCACCUGCUUUCCCAGUUGACUUACUAGUGCACAUGAGAGAUAUCGAUAUUCAGGAAAACCGCUCCUCGCCCGGUAAUGGGUGUUUACACAACUAUACAUGGUUGAGACAAUUUAUAUGGACGAACAACGAAUUGGACGAAGACGCGCACGACUAUCACAAGGAAGAAAGAAUAUAUAGGGAUGAAAUACGCUAUCUGUCUUCCAAGCUACUGCAGGUGUUUUCAAGAUGUGCAGCGGAUAGGCUCCAAAGAUUUAGCUGGAACGUUGGAACGUGUCUACCCAGCGAAGUUCUCGGUGACUCUGGAUAUCUAAUACUGAAUCAGCGCAAGCUUGUAGCUAUCCAUCUAAGAACAGCACUUAAGUCGAAUGCGUUCCACCUUACCCAAAUGGGUUUGGGAGUCACGGAUAUAUCUGGUGAUGAAGUAACGCAAUCCAUACAAUCAAUGCUUGCCAAAGAGAUCUUGGACAUGUAUGAUUUGAGAACAGCCUUUCGAUUUCCCGUUCUUCAAUAUCUCUCAUUUUAUUACAUGGAUCUGACUCCGAUAUCCCACGUGCUUUCAUCUAUAUUCAACGUCACCUCACUUCUAUCCUUGAGUCUGCGUCUAUGCAAAUCCUGGGAGUAUGCCUUACUUAACUUUCUCAACUCUGGAUCCAGAAUCGCCUUGAAGUCUUUGACGCUAGAGACUGAUAUGAGGCGAGCUGGAGAAGAUAGUGUUCUUGCACUACCAGCUUUCCUUAAAUCAUUCGAGGGGCUAGAAGAGUUGUACAUCUCGGUCCUUUGUUUUGAAAGCCCAGUCCCUGUAUGGCGUUCUGUGUUUACUCACAAGGAAACAUUGAGAAAGCUCGUAUGCCAGCAAUUACAUAUUGAUGGAUACCAGUCCGAGGAACAUGGUCUUUACUUGGGUGCAACCGGUUUUCUUGAGCAAUUGACGGGUGCUGACCAAAAUCCAUUCGUCGGUCCCAGGCUUGAGUUUUUAGGCAUCUCCAGCAAUGAUUUCGAUACCCUGAAGUCUAUUCUGACCUCGCCAAGUAUCAAAGCAUAUAUUCGUGUUCUCCAUCUGAGACGGUGCGAAGAAUUUUACGAUCAGUCAUACUUGAUAAACUCCGACUGCUGGGAUGAUAUCAGAAAUAAUAAGCUGCCAUCGUUUCGUCAGUUCCUGGCAUGGGCAUUUGGACCCGAAGGUCCCCCUGAGCUUCAAGCGGUGGGACAUUGCGCCUUCGUCUUCAUGCAGCCUAUCAGCGAUGUGUUCUACUUUAGAGAUGCACAACACGAGGGUGGAUAUCGUUGCGUUUUUCGGCGCCGCACGCAACAAUUCGAUUUUAUUCGGCAGUAUGAUUAUGCUUUAGAUGCAUGUCGUUAUGAUGAUUAUCUUAUGGAUUGA